AUGGGUCAGUUUAGUCCUCCCGGGAAUUUGGUAUUACCUGUAGGGGGUUUGACUGUUGCUUCGGAGGCUGUCCUGGUAAGGCGGUCGAUGGGCGGAAUCAUUCGGCAAGUUGCUGGAACUACCUCGCCCAGGUCUUCUGGCCGACCUCCCCCCCUGUUGUCUUCUUUUGGUAUAAAUGGAGGUGGCGAAAGUGCUCGGCUCAUUGUUCCCUUUGGUGUGAAGUACCAGAAGUAUGACGUCGAGAAGUGUUUGUACGUGUCCAAUCGUAGGGAUGUCCGGGCCAUGGCUUCCGAAGUUAAAAUGGACAAAAUCAAUUUUCCCAAAAACUUUGUCCUAUCUCGGGACAAUAUUCAUGCAAUCUACGACGCCUUUUCAGCUGGUCGUUCAGUAUCUGAGGCUGCUGCGGAAGUGGUUCAAGCUACUUCUUCCAAGAAGGUUAGCCGACCUCCCGCCCAGGCUUCCCCUCAAGCUUCAAAGCCGAGCUCUCGUAGUACCAAGUCGAGUUCUCGCAGUACUGGCACCAAGACGAGCUCAACUUCGAGGCCUGCUGAGGGGUCCAGGUCUGCUCCAACUUUCUCAGAGGUCGUGAAGGAGACCCCUUUAGCUGUUGUGGAGCAGACCCAAAGUGCUGAUCAAGUAGAGCAGGGUGCUGCCCACUCUCCUGAAAGGGUAUCCGGGGGAAAGUCUAAGUCCCCUGUGAAUAAAAACCAGGAGGCCUCUGGGACAGGGCAGGAGAUUGUCCUUAUAGAGGAUCCAAGUCCGGAGGUUCUUACCCAAGAUGCCUCUGCCCCUGUGAGGACCGAACCUGAAGGCUUUGAGGGCGUUCCUCCGAAGACCGGGGACAAGCGCCCAGCCCCUUCCGGAGAAUCUGCCCCGUCUCCUGCUCGGAAGAAGUCCAGAUCUGCCACAGGAUCUUCCCCGGCUCUUCCUCCCAUUGGGAAAGGGAAAGGUGUUGCUGCCGAGCCUCCGUUGCCUUCUUUUGGCAACGUUCUGAAAGCGUCGGACAUUACCUCUGAAUCUCCUGCCAAUGCUGUUGCUGACCUUCUCAGAGAACAGAUGUUCGGUGGGGUUACACAUGCUUCGGAUCCUCGUCUGAUUGCCCUGACUGGUCUCUUGGCCAGUUCCACUAAGGAGCAAGCAUCUUUUCGAUCCCGCUCUCAUGAGGAGCUCGGAUCUUUGAUCAGGGAGAUGCUUCUGAUGGUGACGGGCCUCUUCAUGGAGGUGGAUGCUCGUAAUCGUUCCCUCCGGGAGUCUGUAGACCGCCGGAUUGAAGAGGCACGUCUGGAAGAGAAUAUAUCUGCAACCAAUGACGCGAGAGGCAAUCUGGCUGAGGAGAAAGAAGCUGAGGCAGCAAAGCGUACCUCGUUUUUAGAAGAUGAGCUGUCUCGGACUCGCAAUGUUCUCAAAGAGUCUGGUGAGAGGGCAGCUCCCUUGGAGAUUCGCUGCGAAGAAGUUUUGAAGCAGUUGUCUUCUAUGAUGGAGGCCCUUCGAGAGAGGGACGAGGCUGUGAGCCAAAAGGCUGAAGCCCAGCGCCAAUAUGAUGCCUUAAAGGCAGAUUUUGAAGGACUUCAGACUCGUCUGAAGGAAGUGGAAUCUCAAAGAGAGACGGCCCUAGCUCGGGUACAGGUCCUUGAGCAGGAGUUGAGCACAAGUUCUGAUCGUAUCAGAGAUCUGGCUUCUUCGGCUGAAAAAUUCAAAUUUCAUUACAAUCAACUUAGCCAGGAAGUCAGGGCUUUGGAACGUAAGUGUUUAGCCUUGUUCGAGGUAAUAAAGCAUUCUGAAAGCAAGGCUCAGCUGGUACGUGAGCAAUGUAUAGCGGAGUACCAGGAGUCUGCUGAGAUGAAGGUUAAAAUUGAACAGGCCUCUGAGGCCUGUGAAGCGCAUCUUGAUAGAUAUUUAGCUUCUGAUGAAAUGAAGUCGACUAUUGUCAAUAAAGCCCUUCGUUAUUACUCAUCCGGCUAUAAUCGUGGUUUAAGAGAAGCUAGGCAGGCUCCUGAUACCUGA